CUGAAAUCUCUCGUGAGAAUAAGACAAGCAAGUCCUUCAGCAUUCACUCUCUGCUGCCCCGACCGCCGACUGUGCCGAGCCGGACCGUUGACAAGCUUGAAUUUCGAGUCCCCUUGAGCAAAGCAAAGCAUCGGGAGGUUUCAAGUUUCCACUGUUCUGCAUGGUCGGAGUUCGCGCAGUGCGGUGCUCAGCAUACUGACGCCUUUACAACACACCCGAGACCGCAUCGCAUCAACAUGCCUCAACGCGAAGGAUACGAAAACGCUGUCACCUAUACCAUCAGCCUUUGCCUGGUCUUCACCAUCUGCGUCGGCCUCGUUCGGGCAUGGAUUCGGAGAAAUGCAUAUGGAAGAGAUGAUAUCGUCAUUGGAUUGGCAACUCUGGUGUCUUUCGGCUAUACCGGAGCAAGCUAUGCCGCUGUAGGAGCUGGACUUGGAAAGCCUUGGUCAAGGAUCAAAGAAGAUCCACACUUGGCAAAGCUGAACGAGAAUGCCCGAUGGCAAGCCAUCACAGGGCUCGACAUUUUCUCUGAGAUCAUCCUGCUCUUGCUGCCUCUACAUCUAGUUUGGAAUUUGCAGAUGCGAUUAAGCAAGAAAGCCAUGAUCAUCAUUGCCUUUUGGAUUAGAAUACCCACCCUUGGCUUUUCAAUCGGCCGGAAUUACUAUACCAUGAGAUUACGACAGCAGAGUUCCGAUAAUGGACUGGACAGCUCCCUGGCCAACAUCUGGCUGCAGAUUGAACUGGCAUAUGCCAUCGCCUCAAGCACACUUUCGGCGCUGAAGACCUUCACCGAGAGCUUUGCCAGUGGCUUCGGAAUGGGCUUCACGCGAGGGAAGGGUGACAACAGCUACGGAAUGUCAGACGUAUCUGGCUCGUCAGGCCGCUCAUCAUCUAGAACGGAAAAGAGCAAGUCGCCGACAUCGAGUGGCGCUAGCGGUAGCAUAGGACGCUCCACAGAGCGACCCAAAGGAGUUGAGGUCUGCACUCCCCCGGUUCCGGACGUAGCAACGGACACAGGUCUGCGACUGAGACCAGAGACGGACAUCUCGCAUAUCGCCAGCGUCUCGGCGAACCCGCAAAAUGGUGAGAUCUGGCGAGCGAACAGCAGUGUCGGAAGCGAGAGCUCAGGGGAUGACAAUAAUUUGGUCAUUGUUCGCCGCUCGUAUGAGGUACAUGAGCACGAUCGAGCGCCCAUUCUGCCAGAUCGAGAAGUGCGCGCAUAAUGAAGGACGGAUCUGAUCGGUGGCUGUGAGCCUCAAACGUGUCGGGGCUGACGCAGUUGAUUUGAUCGGAAAGUCCACGAGGCUAUGAAUGAGAAUAUGAUGCAGACUUUGGUGGUCUUGUGUACAGUAGAAGAGCGUACAAAUGGCAGGUUGAUGGCUUGACGAUGUUAUUAAUUGAAAAAAUUGCAUCC